CCCAAACCCAAACCCAAACCCAAAUCAUCUCUACAAUUAUUCCACCCUAGCUUCCCUUCCGCUCUCUGUCUUUUCUUCUCCGGACCUGGGCAUCAUCAUCAUUCAUCAUUAUUCAUCCAUUGAGAGAUGGGGAAGAAGAGAGUUGCAGAAGCCGAUGAAGGAUUGGAUAAUCCAGCCAUUAACAACAUCGAUUCGGAGCUUCCGGAGAAGAAGAUGAAGACACAAGCUUCUGGUACAGAGGAGACCGGUGCCCCAUCAUCCUCAACGAAGGAGACCGGUGCCCCAUCAUCCUCAACGAAGAAGAGUUCUUCCAAUCCAAUGCAGAAUAAGAAGGAGAGGAGGCUAAAGAAUAAAACCAGACACCUGGAGGAAUCGGAGAUCGCGGAGCCGAAGCCUAAGAAGAUGGCUCUGGAAUUGAAAAAUGACGGGAAGAUGGAAACUUCGCCGAGUAGUAGUGGCGGUGGUAAUUUGCCGCAGUUUCACAUUGGCGUGUUCAAGGACCUCUCGGCUGCGGAUUCUUCCCUCAGAGAAGCUGCGGUGGAGAAGCUGGUUACUGAGUUGCAGGAAGUGCAGAAGGCUUAUGAUCAACUGGAGGAUAAGGAAGCUGUUGAUGGGGAAUUGAAGUUGGAGGCCGAUAUGGAAGAUGGGUUGGAUAUGUGUGCCCCUUCUUUGAGGUACGCAGUUCGGAGGCUCAUUCGGGGAGUUUCUUCGUCAAGAGAGUAUGCAAGGCCAGGAUUUGCAUUAGGCUUGAGUCUUUUGGUCAGUGCAGUUCCUAGCAUAAGAACUGACUCACUUUUGAAGCUAAUUGUUCAUUUGGUCGAGAUCACUUCUUCAAUGAAGGGACAAGAAACAAGAGACUGCCUUCUAGGUCGCUUGUUUGCUUAUGGAGCUAUUUCAAGAUCAGGAAGACUCACAGAAGAGUUUAUUAGAGAUAAAGAUACUCCUUAUAUCAAAGAAUUUAUUAGUUCUGUACUUGUGCUGGCAAAUAAGAAGCGAUAUUUGCAAGAACCUGCCAUCUCAAUUAUAUGGGAAUUAGCGGAGAAGUUACCGGUUAAAGCACUGCAAAAUCAUUUUUUUGAAGCUCCUGAAGUUCAGGAGUGGUUUGGAAGUGCCACAGAAAAGGGAGAUCCUGAUGCUUUGCUUUUGGCUCUCAAAAUGCGAGAUAAAGUUGGAGCUGAUGAUAACAUGUUCGGAAAGCUACUCCCUUCUCCAUAUAGCCCCAGCAAUUUAUUUUCUUCCGAUCAUCUAUCCUCAAUUGCGCUGUGCUUAAAGGAAUCUACAUUCUGCCAGCCACGAAUUCAUAGUGUAUGGCCCACCUUGUUGAAUAUUCUAUUACCUGAUAGUGUUAUAAAAGACUUUGAUCCUGCAUCAUCAUUAAACUCUACAAAGAAGCACAAAAAGAGCCGCAAGGGAGAAGAUGAUAUUGAGAAAAGCCUUAGAAACUUUUGCGAGGUCAUCCUAGAAGGAUCACUUCUCUCAUCAUCACAUGAUCGAAAAAAUUUGGCAUUUGAUAUUCUGCUUUUGCUCCUACCAAAGCUGCCUGCACAUUAUGCCAACAUCGUGUUAUCUCGCAAACUAAUCCAGUGCUUGAUGGAUAUUCUUUCAGCUAAAGAUACCUGGCUUUUUAAAGUUGCAGAGCAUUUUAUGAAAGAAUUGUCUGAAUGGAUAAAAAAUGAUAAUGUCAGAAGAGUUGCUGUAAUUGUUGCCUUGCAACGGCACAGUAAUGCGAGAUUUGACAGCAUCACUAGGACAAAAACUGUCAAGACAUUAAUGAUGGAGAUUAAGAGUGAAUCUGGAUGCAUGCACUUGUUACAGGAAUUGAUGAACUUGUUUCUCGAUGAAGGGUAUACUUCAGAAGAACCUUCAGAUCAGAGCCAAACAACUGAUGAAAAUUCAGAAAUAGGCUAUGUAGAGGCUAAAGAAUCCAAUGGAAUACUAGGGUUCUCCGACAUUUUGAAAAGUUGGGUAAUAGAAUCUCUUCCUGGGGUUCUAAAGCAUUUGGAACUAGACCCAAGUUCAAAGUUUAAGGUUCAACGAGAAAUCUUGAAGUUUUUGGUAGUCCAAGGUCUCUUUUCAUCAACUUUAGGGUCAGAAGUUACAUCAUUUGAUUUGCAUGAAAAGUUUAAGUGGCCAAAGUCAGCCAUCUCAAGUGCUUUGUGUAGGAUGUGCAUUGAGCAGCUACAGUCAUUGCUAUCAAGUGCACAAAAGGCAGAGGGAUCUCAUGCUUUGGCAGUUGGUGCCGAAGCAAAUGAUCUGGGAUCUUACUUCAUGCAUUUUGUAAACACACUACGAAGUAUUCCUUCGGUUUCACUCUAUAGAUCCUUGAAUGAUGAUGAUGAAGAAGCAUUCAAAAAAAUAAAUGAAAUGGAAGCAUUGCUUGAAAGAGAGGAGAGAAAUUAUACAUCGUGUGUGGGUUUGAACAAGUGUCAUGUGUUGAGAUACUUGCUCAUCCAACUCUUGCUUCAAAUUCUACUACGACCUGGAGAAUUUUAUGAAGCUGCAUCUGAACUUGUUAUGUGUUGCAAGGCAACAAUAGGCCCCUUUGACCUUUUUGGCUCAUCUGGGGAGGAUGAACCAGUUGAAGAAAGUGCUCCUCCUGUAAUGGACGUGCUUGUGGAUACCAUGCUUUCUCUUCUGCCUCAGUCAUCAGCUCCAAUGAGGACAGCCAUUGAACAGACGUUCAAGUAUUUCUGUGAUGGUAUGACAGAUGAAGGAUUGGUUCGCAUGUUAAGGAUCAUUAAAAAAGAUCUUAAACCGCCUAGACGCCACAAUAAUGAUGGUGAUGAUGAAGAAGAAGAUGAUAUUCUCGGUAUUGAAGAUACAGAAUCUGAUGAAGACGAGAUUAGUGAAACCGCUGAAAGUGAUAAGCAGAAUGAUGACUCUAAGGCAGUGAAAGGAGCUGAUGAAGGAAGUGCAAAGCUUCAGGAUGCUUCUGAUGAUUCUGAUGUGGAAAUGGAUGAUGAUGCAAUGUUUCGGAUGGAUACCUAUCUUGCACGCAUUUUCAAGGAACGGAAGAACCAUUCCGGUGAUAGUGCUCAGUCACAGCUUAUUCUAUUCAAACUCCGUGUACUCUCCCUUUUGGAGAUUUUCUUGCAUGAAAAUCCAGGUGAUCCACGUGUGUUGACAAUCUUUCAAAAUUUGGCUCAAGCAUUGAUAAACCCAUAUGCCACCAAAGGCAGUGAACAGCUCAGUCAACGUAUAUGGGGGAUAUUGCAAAAGAAGAUAUUUAAAGCAAAGGUUUACCCUAGAGGGGAAUCCAUUCAGCUUCCUUCACUUGAAUCCCUCUUAGAGAAGUUUCUGAAAUUGGCUUCCAGGCCAUUCAAGAAGAAGGCCUAUGCUCCGAAUGUAUCAAAGAAGAAGCAAUCCACCUCUUGGGACCGACACAAGAUGAUCAAUUCACUUGCACAGAAUUCCACAUUUUGGAUUCUGAAGAUAAUAGAGUCCAGAAAUUCCUCGAAGGGCAAUCUUGAAAGAACUUUUAAACUUCUCAGGAGCAUUUUGAAAGGCUAUUUUGAUAAGAAGAAGUCUCUACUCAAACCCGAUUUCUUGAAGGAAAUCUUCAAGAGGAGACCGUGGGUGGGCCACCACCUCUGCAGUUUCCUCUUAAAGAAAUGUAGCAAUGCAAAGCUUCAGUUCAGGCAGGUCGAGGGUCUUGAUCUGGUCCUCGAGGUACUAAAGUCACUGGCACCCGCAAGCUCCGAUCAUGACCAGGCCAAGAAGACAAUAAAGAAAAAGGUUCCAAAGCUAUGCCAUCUGAUCAAGGUGCUAGUGACAAACAUGCCCGAAAAGAAAUCCAGAAGGGCAGAUGUGAAGAAAUUCUGCAGCAAAGUGUUUGGCUUUUUGUCCACCCUUGACCUGACCGGAUCUUUCCUGAAAGCUUUGGAACCAGACGCACAUGCUGCUUGUGAAUCUCAACUUGGCGAUACAUUUCUUGCUUUAAAGAAGCAGGAAAGCUAGCAUUUCUUUACAGAACUAUAAAACUAAAUCCAGGCUUACUAUACGUCUUCACGGUGAGAUCUUUGGGUAAUGGAAAUUAUAUGACAUCCAUAUAGCUGUGAUUUUCUUCUUCUUCAGGUAGAAUCAGGAUGUCAGGUUAUGCAGUUUUGUUAGUCAUUGAAGAUUGAGAGAUAGUACUAUUAUUAGAAUAGUUUGCUGGGUGCUGCUGGUCUAACACUACAAGGAGUUGGACCUGCAGGUUUUGAGCUGUUAAAAGAAAUGUUUGGUACUUUUAGGAUGGCUAUAUGAUAAUGACAUUUGAGUCACCUUUUGGUUUGGUUUGACCUCCCAUUUGAGUGAUGAACACUGCUUUAUUUAACUCCCAAUUUUUGUUUGGAACCUUCUUUUCAGUUUUUUUAAUUAAUGAAACAUCUUAUC